CCCCGCGUUGCUCCCGGCAGCCCGCGCGGCCCCGCGCGGCAGGAUGAUCCACGAGCUGCUGCUGGCCCUGAGCGGGUACCCAGGAGCGGCCUUCACCUGGAGCAAGCGCGGCGGCCUCCAGGUGUCUCAGGAGCUGCCGUUUCUGCAUCCCAGCGAGACCAGCGUCCUGAACCGGCUCUGCCGCCUCGGCACCGACUACAUCCGCUUCGCCGAAUUCGUGGAGCAGUACACGGGACACGUACAGCAGCAGGAUCACCAUCCAUCUCAGCAAAACCAGAGUGGAUUGCAUGGCAUUUAUUUGAGAGCCUUCUGUACAGGUCUUGAUUCAGUGCUGCAGCCUUAUCGACAAGCACUACUUGACCUAGAACAAGAGUUUCUGGCUGACCCACAUCUUUCCAUCUCACAUGUUAAUUACUCCUUGGACCAGUUUCAGUUACUCUUCCCCUCUGUGAUGGUCAUGGUGGAACAGAUCAAAACUCAGAAGAUUCAUGGGUGCCAGAUAUUGGAGACAGUCCAUAAACAUAGCUGUGGGGGGUUGCCUCCUGUUCGCAGUGCUCUUGAAAAGAUUCUGGCUGUGUGUCAUGGAGUCAUGUAUAAGCAGCUCUCUGCCUGGAUGCUGCAUGGAUUGCUGCUAGACCAACAUGAAGAGUUCUUUAUCAAACAAGGCCCCUCUUCUGGAAAUGUCCCUAGCCAACCCGAAGAAGAUGACGAUGACUUAGGAAUUGGGGGGCUUACAGGAAAACAGCUACGAGAACUGCAGGACCUGCGCUUGAUUGAGGAGGAGAACAUGUUAGCUCCAUCUCUAAAGCAGUUUUCUUUGAGAGUAGAAAUGCUGCCUUCAUACAUUCCUGUACGGGUUGCUGAGAAGAUCCUCUUUGUGGGAGAAUCUGUUCAGAUGUUUGAGAAUCAGAAUGUUAACCUGACCAGAAAAGGCUCCAUCCUAAAAAACCAGGAGGACACUUUUGCAGCAGAGCUACAUCGACUCAAGCAGCAACCACUUUUUAGUUUGGUGGACUUUGAAUCAGUGGUUGACUGGAUACGGAGCACUGUUGCUGAGCAUCUUUGGAAACUGAUGGUGGAGGAAUCGGAUCUACUAGGACAACUGAAGAUUAUAAAAGACUUUUACCUUUUGGGAAGAGGUGAGCUGUUUCAGGCUUUCAUCGACACCGCACAGCACAUGUUAAAGACACCACCUACGGCUGUAACUGAACAUGAUGUCAACAUUGCAUUUCAGCAGUCUGCUCAUAAGGUACUGUUAGAUGAUGACAACCUUCUUCCUCUUCUUCACUUAACCAUUGAGUAUCAUGGAAAGGAACAUAAAGAUACUUCUCAGACUCGUGAAGGGCCUUCCCGGGAAUUAUCUCCACGUGAAGCCCCCACAUCUGGAUGGGCAGCUCUGGGCCUUUCUUACAAAGUUCAGUGGCCACUGCACAUUCUUUUUACUCCUGCUGUUCUUGAGAAGUACAACGUUGUGUUCAAAUACCUGCUGAGUGUGCGACGAGUUCAGGCUGAGCUGCAGCACUGCUGGGCUCUCCAGAUGCAACGUAAACACCUAAAAUCUAAUAGAACAGAUGCCAUCAAGUGGCGUCUGAGGGAUCACAUGGCUUUCCUUGUGGACAAUCUUCAGUAUUAUCUGCAGGUCGAUGUACUGGAGUCUCAGUUCUCACAGCUUCUGCAGCAGAUAAAUGCCACAAGAGAUUUUGAGAGUAUACGAUUGGCUCAUGAUCAUUUCCUAAGUAAUUUGUUGGCUCAGUCUUUCAUCCUUCUAAAACCUGUUUUCCACUGCUUAAAUGAAAUUCUGGAUCUUUGUCAUAGCUUUUGUUCUCUGGUCAGUCAGAAUUUGGGUCCCUUAGAUGAACGGGGAGCUGCACAACUCAGUAUUUUGGUGAAGGGAUUCAGUCGUCAGUCAUCACUUCUCUUCAAGAUUCUCUCUAGCGUUCGCAAUCAUCAGAUAAACUCUGACUUAGCUCAACUGCUGUUACGCUUGGAUUAUAACAAAUACUACACCCAGGCUGGCGGAACCUUGGGCAGUUUUGGAGUUUAAGCACUAAAGGCCUUUGCUUCAGGCUGUGACUAGUGAUGCUUCAAGCACUGGAGACUGGCGCUCUUGGACAGUUGAGAGUUUGCGCUCAAAUUUUUCUUUGUAGCUGGCUUUUGCCUGAUGAAAUGCUGUUUCACCGGGAAUUGGCAGGAAUUGCCUCUUAUCUGAGGCUGCCCAGCAAUUACAGAAAGCUAUUCCAUUUCUUCUGAAAUCAUAAAAAUAUGCUUUCUGCAGCUCUGCAUAUACUUAUAAGUGCUUCCAGGGAGGCAGUCUGAACCUCUUCAGAAAGUGAAAAACCAGAAUUAGAUGUCUGGACUCUUCAGCUGGACUGUGUUCCACUUCAAGUUUGAGUAUGGAGGAAUUAAUCCUCUUCUAAGUUUUGGCUGUAUUCAGAAGUUCCACUUGUGUAGUAAGCUGAUUUACAGUACACAAUGUCUUCUAAUCAAACACCACCAGAUAAAUGAAACAGCAGUAGCAAUUUUCAAUUGAGGUGAAGGGGAGGGAAAAAGAAAUAUUUUUUAAGUCUCUUCUCAUGCAGUGCACUAGUCUAGCAUAUGUGCAUAGGUCAUGGAGACACUGUGGAUAUCACAUGCUUUCUCUAUACAAUUUAAUAGUUUAUGUGCUAAAAUUACACUUGCCAAGACAGGAGCUUUGCCCUGUUUGAGUAGAAGGGGCCCUCUGCUGGCAGGAAAAUGGUUGGGAUGUUCACCUGUGCUAUUCUCAUUCCAGACGAUUUAGAAUGCUACUAGUGACUAUCCUACUGAACCCAAAUAAAAAUAUCUUGUCGUGCAAUUAUAUGGAGUAUUGUCAAUGUCUGCACCCCAGUGCAAAGGGAAUAGCAGGGCAUGGCCUUGUCUGUCACUGAAGAGUGCGAUCUGGCAGGAACUCUUGGCUGUUACUAAGAUUUCCUAGCCUUGCUAUAAUGAAGAGACCCUUGAUGCAAGUCCAUUUGAAUGACUGGCAGAAGAGAAGCCUCCAGUCCAUCACUGGGGUGUUGUAGCAGGUUUCCCAAUUUGAACACAAAUGCUGCCAGGAAACCAGCCUUCCCCUUAAAGGGUUGGUAUUUGCACACAGCUGCAGCUCACACUGAAGUUACAUGUCCUUGGGGGGAAAAAAUCCUCUCUGCUCACUCAGGAAGACACAGUAACAACAGCCAGCAAGUAUAAGACCU